AUGAGUAGCAUGGCCAUGGCGUGUGGAGGUUGCUACCACUACUACUGCCCCUCACAACACCCACUCUUCCCUAGCUCAUCCUCCUCCUCCUCCUCCUCCUCACAGUCGAAGCGUGCUACUACUGUAUUAGUUUCUCUUUCCAAAUCCAACAAGAAUGGCGAAAUUGAUAAAUCCGAGUGUAUUAAAGGAUCUGGAACCACCGCUAGAGGUCGAAGAUUGCUCAGAAUCCGACAAGACAAACAGCAACGCGAACAUGAACGACUUCACAAUUACCCUGCUUGGGCUAAAGUCCUUGAAGAUGCGUGCAAAAACGAUACUGAACUCAGGACUGUACUUGGUGAUAGUAUCGGAAACCCUCAACUCAUGAAGGAGCGGGUGGAAGAUAGAAUUCGAAAGAAGGGUAAAGACUUUCGCAAGUCCAAAACUGGAUCUGUUGUAGCCGCCAAAGUCACCUUUAGAGACUUCAAUCCACUUGAUUCCUUUAUCUGGUUUGAAUUGUACGGAUCACCCACUGAUCGCGAUGUUAAUCUAAUUGGCAGUGUUAUUCAAGGAUGGUAUGUCAUGGGUCGAGUUGGUGCCUUCAAUUCUUCAAACUUGCAGAUGUCAAAUUCGUCAAUGGAGCAUGAUCCUCUCUAUGAUUCAGAUAAGGGUUUCAAAGUGAUGCCAUCAUCUUUCCAUGAUAUCGGGGACGUUGAAUUCCAGGAUAAUUGGGGACGUGUAUGGGUGGACCUAGGUACGGCUGAUUAUUUUGCCAUUGAUGUGCUUCUCAACUGCCUAACUUGUUUAAGUUCAGAAUAUCUUGGUAUCCAACAAAUCGUGUUUGGUGGUCGGAGCAUGGGUGAUUGGGAAGAGGGGAUGACAGACCCUGAGUAUGGUUACAAGUCCUUCAAGAUAUAA